ACUUCAUUCACUUGCAAGCUGCACUCUGACCCUCAGGCCUCGCCUUCCCUUGCUUCUCGCCCCUCAUCCUCGCGCCCGGGUCUGGGGGCCAUGCGCUCCUCUCUGCUCUUCCUUCUCUCCCUCUGCCUCUUCUCCCUCACCCGUGCCUCUUACUCGAGCGCAAGAUGUUCUAGCCCCGCGUCUCGCCUGCGCCUGCCUUUGCGCCUCACCAGCGCCGGCGCCGCAAGCAUCGUGCUCGCGGCCCACUCGGCAUGCGCGCAGGCGGCGACGGGUGCAGCGGCGACGCGGGGCGAUGUGUGGGAUGACGAGCCGCUUGGUCCACUCGCCGUCGAGGCGGAAGCGCCGUCCGUGGCGCCCCUCACUGCUACGGCAGCUGCUCUGCCGCGGCGAGAGACCGAAGGUGUGGCAUUGCGCAUCGAGCGAAACAUGCGCAAGUGGCUCCUCAAGCAGUCCGACGCGCACAUCGACGCCCUGCGCCUCUCGCCGUUGGAGACGCUGCACGAGCAGCUGCGUCUCGUGGGCGAUGGAGCGGAGGAGACGCUGGAGAGCCGUGUUGCGCGAGAAGGGCGAGGAUGGGUCCUUCUCGUGUGAGUAUACUCCUCAGGAGCAACGAGCCGGGUAGAGGAGAAAGCAGGCUGAUGCAAGCCACCUUCUCGCGAGCGCAGAGCGGGCGAAGAAGACACGCGAUCCCUCUUCGUCUUGUCGCUCUUCAAUCGUUCCGUCUCUCUACUUCACACGCCUCCUUCAUCCCUCUCU